CCGAGCCGGCAGUACUCCCAGACCCUCCUCACAUGUUCUCUCUGCUUCAAACACACACCUCCUCCCUCCUCCUGGCGCACACACACACACACUGCCCUGCUCACUCAGUCGCUCUCUCUCUCUCCCCCCAUUCGGUCGUCGUUCUGCAUCCGCUCGGACGCGCUUCUCUUUAGGUACAGCUCCCGUGCAUUCUCCAGCUCUGCCCUCGUCUCUUGCGGUGCGGCGCGGCGCGUGCGGUCCUGUGAUGCUCCAGCUCGCGCUCAAAGUGAACACAGACGGAGCGGGACGAUGACUGAAAGGCACCAAAGAGGAAAGCAGGGUGAGAAAAGGAAUUAAAAAAGAGGAGUGAAAGGAGAAAGAGGGAGACCGCGUUUGCGUAAAAGGUGGAAGGACAGUUUGAUUCAGUGAGAAUUUGGAUUAAACUGGCUGCUCCUCUGCUUCCUAGUUACCAUCACAGGUAAUGAGAUCGAGAAGUCACUGUCUGCAGCCCUGAAGCACGCUGCGACUCCACGCCUCACUCAUCCACACACAACUCAUCGCCAGCAGCCGUUUCCCCCCCGCAACUCAGUUCUCAACAAGGACUUCAACUCGGGGAACUGAACCUCACAAAUCGCCAAUGCUUACAAGGAACUGCCUGCUGCUGUUCCUGUGGAUUCUUGUCAACGAGGGUUCCGUCUUUUCCUCACACAAACCUUCAUCCCCACUGGGACGGAGCAGGAGCGGGCGAGAGCGCGCCAGGAGCUCGGUGGGCUCGACGAGGAAUGGGGCGGCUGCGUUUCAGCGCGUCAAGAGGGGCUGGGUGUGGAACCAGUUCUUUGUCCUGGAGGAGUACAUGGGCUCAGACCCGCAGUACGUGGGCAAGCUCCACACUGACCUCGAUAAGGGGGACAGUUCGGUGAAGUACACCCUCUCGGGGGAAGGUGCUGGCUCCAUUUUCACAAUUGACCAAACUACGGGGGACAUCCAUGCCUUAAGGAGCCUUGACAGGGAGGAGAAGCCUUACUACACCCUGCGGGCUCAGGCUGUGGACAUCGACACCAAUAUCCCCCUGGAGCCGGAAUCGGAGUUUGUCAUCAAGGUCCAAGAUAUCAAUGACAAUGAACCAAAAUUCCUGGAGGGACCUUACACAGCCAGCGUACCCGAGAUGUCACCAGUCGGGACCUACGUGACACAAGUAACAGCCACAGACGCGGAUGACCCAACCUAUGGAAACAGUGCCAGAGUUGUGUACAGCAUCCUUCAUGGUCAGCCAUACUUCUCUGUUGACCCCAAAACAG